UCAACAUCCUUUGUGGUUUGAAACAUGUACCUGAGGCGAACUAGAUUUUUAUGGAUCAAAUCAGACCUGUUCUCGAAAAUGAGACGUUCCGUUGUAACCCUCGCAUGCUUGCUGCAGUGCGCCAUCUCUGUAAAAGUUAAAGUAGUCCUACAUUCAGAUCAGGAAGACUCACGAGUAGAAGACGAGGAAUCACACACAGAAGCGUGGGGCACAAAAAGAAAGGAAGGAACUCUUUUACCAUUUAUCAAAAAUCAUCGUUUGGAAGAAAAGCAAGAAUAUGAUGAUGUCACUACGACAGAAAAAUCAUCGAAACAGUUGCAUCCUAAUGAAAUGAUCUUUCCGUUAAUCUAUCGCCAAUCUCAUAUAAACAGUAUGUUUAAAUUCGGAGAAAACUGGUAUACUUGGUCGACGGAGAAAAGAUCAGACGGUUCAAAAGCGACCAACUAUUAUAUUUGUUAUGAUGAACCGAAACACUGCGAUGAAGUAGGCUGGGAGAGGACAGAUGGUGUACCUAAAUGCGCAUUUGAAAUCGAUUCAUUAUUACCAGAAGAUAGAGCUUGCAUCAAUAGCUUUGGUAUAGAACCCCAUGGUAAUAAUGGAAUAUGUGACGGUGGGGAACAAAUGAAGGUGAGUGAAAUGGUUCGUUCAUGUGGUCCACGUAUUCGUUCACUAUGGAGAUUCAUUCGUGUAGCUCGACGCCCCUCUAACGCGGCGAAGCCAGCAGAUGUCAACUCUCUUAUUUGCGAAGACGAAGAAGAAUGUUAUAUAACUAUAGAAUAUCGGAUACAUCAUGAUAGAAUAACAUUUUCGUUACACGAACCGACACGAGGUCAAACAUUUAAGAGCGCAUUAAAACGAGAAAUAUCAACUGAAGAAGAGAAUAAAGUUGUAUCAAUGACCGAGUCUCACCCCCACACAUCUCACAGGGGUAAGAAAGUAUCCAAAGUGAGAGAUGAUGAAACUGGUCAAAGAGUUAAAAAGUUUCAUACAAGAUCUAAAUCAAAACAACCAGAAGGUAAAGGCCUAGUUAAAGAACACAACGAUUCAACAUACACGAAUAGAAUGUCCGUUAAAAAUAAAAUAAAAAUAAGAGAAGAUAUAUCUGAAGACAUGUCUGACUAAUUGUUUUUAUCUAAUGACAUAUCUGAUUUGCGUAUCGAUGUUUUCGUAACGUGCGAAUAUACGCUAUAGUUAUACGUAGAUAUAAUUAUUUUUGUAAAUCAAAAUGAGGUCUGUUUCUAUUAACACAAACUAUUUCACAAUUGUACGUCAGAUAAACGUUACUUUACAAAUCAAUGGUGGUGUAGAAACGUCAUUUUUAAAAAGCAAAAUUGGUACCCCACAAUUUUACUGCGUAAUUUCAUAUAGAUGUAAAUAAAAGUACUAUAAUACCAAGAUUAUGAUUGCACUUAACAAUAAAAGAGUUGAAUAUAUUUAUUACAUAAUUAUAUUGUAGUUUUCAAGAAAUUUUAUAAGAAAGUCCCAGUUAGAAUUCAAGUCGUCUACAUUUAUAUUUAUGUUGAAGUUAUCAGUAACAUCGUCUACAUUUAUUAUUAUGUUGAAGUUUUCAAUAAAUAGUAACAGUGACUACAUUUAUGAUUAUAUUGAAGUUAUCAUUAAGAUUUCACAUCAACUACAUUUAUAAUUAUGUUGAAAGUCCUAGAGACUAUGUUUUUCGACUGCAGUGACAUUUCUUUUAAUAAAUAUUGUAGUCCCAGUUUUGUCAAAGAUAAUGUAAUAGAUAACAAUAUUUAUUAAUACAAAUGUCACUGCAAAUUAGUUUUAGGGUUGGAUUACACGUCAGCUACAUUUAUAAUUAUGUUGAAAUUCACAAUUAAACUUACGCAUCGAUAUACGAAAU